UGGAGCUUUAACACAAUGUUUUUAUAAAGUGAUAAUCUAAAUUUCGUCGGAUUAAGAAUAAGUUCCCGCUUUGCGAUAUAACAUUUGAAUUCACUGCCACAGUCAAAGAUUUCAUUCGAAGAAGCGUACCUUACAUAAAAAUAAAAUAGUCAUUACAAAAACACGUAACGUUUGUGAUAGUGUGUCUAUUUUGUGAUACUAAUUGCGGUUAAGUGUAAUAACUUUAAAUAACAAUGGGCAAGGAGGAAAAAGAAGACUCUGGCUUCGGAUUCAAGGAUAAGGCGAAGGCUGAGGAGACUCUGCGACUAUUGGAGGAGCAUGACCCCAACUACAGGCGUCUAACUGUGCGCGGUCUGCUAGGAAGAGCUAAAAGAGUACUCUCAAUGACAAAAGCGGAAGAGAAAAUAAAGAAUAUAAAAGAAGCGAUGGAAGUGUUUGAGAACUGGCUCGCGGAGCUCGAGAAGAACAAGGAAAAGAAGACUGACAAGAAGGAGAAAGAAGAGACUAAAGAAAAGAAAGAUGAUAAAGAAAAGGAUUCAAGUCCCGAUGUAGAGAUGGAGGAUAAAACAAAAAAAGAAGACAAAAAGGAUCUUCCGGCAGACACAGUACCAGGUUUAGGUUUCAAAGACAAGGCGACAGCGGAAAAUACGCUCAAGGAGUUAGAAGGAAGAGAUCCUGAUUACCAAAAACUUGCUGUGAAGGGAUUAAUUGGUAGAGCUAAGAGAGUAUUGACAUGUACAAGAGAUGAAACAAAAAUAUCCAACAUCAAAGAAGCGAUGUCAUUAUUUGAUAAGUUUCUUGACGACUUCGACACAAUGCAUCUCAGCAAACAGAACAACCCGUACAUAAGUCUAGGUAUUGUGAGGACAUGUGUUGCUAAAGCUGAGGGACUGAUCUCUGAGCAACAGAAAUCAUUCAUAGAAGCAUACAGUAGUGUGAACGGCGAGUACAAACGUCUGCGAACUGUGACUGAGAAGGAAGGAGGGAAGACUUGGGACAUCGUCAGAAAUGCUGCCUUAAAAGAACUGAAAGAGAAGUAUGCAGAUGUAAAACUUUUCGAUGAAAAAGAUGAACCUACAAAGGAGCAUUUAGAAAUGUUACUCUGGGCUUACUCUCCGGAGCACGCUAGAGUGAAAAAGACAAUACAGGAGACAGAAGAGGAAAGCGAGAAUAACAAGAGUGAAGAGGAAAAUAACAGUAGAAAGAGAAGAAGUAGCGCAAAAGAUGAAGAAUCUCCUAGUAAGAAGAAGAAGGAAUAAAAAAAACAGGGAUACCAUGUUAUUUGUAAGAUAUAUAUCUGAAGCAUCUAAUGCAUUGUGCAUUU